AUGAGUAGGGUACGGGUUCAAGCACCAACUAGCUCCAACAACAGUGCCACAUCGUCGGAAAACAGUGAGGCGCAAAGCGUAGAGGAAAAUCCAACAGUUUUGCCAGAGGCCAAUCGAAGUGCUGCACUAAUUAGGGCAAAAACUAGUUGGAAACGCAUGAAAGAUCUGGCUGCAGAGAAGGAAAAGGAGAAUGAGGCCAAGCGACCUCCUUGGCGUGCUGUUAGUGUGUCGACUCUUGCAAAACCAGACAAGAAUGCAAUGCUGCGCGCCAAAUUACUGGAUGCGUCCAGACGUUUGAGAGCUGGCAAGGUCAAUGUGGCAGCUCAAACUGAUUUUAUUCCCACCAAAUUGAUGAAAGAAGCCUGCAUAGGUCCGCAAUACGAUUUAAUUUUAUUCAAAGAUGCUGGAAUUUUGACGGACGGCCAAUACUCCAUUAAAAAGGAUGAGCAUCAGCAAUAUAUAUUAACCUAUUCAAUGUCGCAAAUGACGGACUCUAUCGGCACAAAUGAUGUCGCUACACAAACCCUUUUACCCAAAGCUACUAAGGAUGAUAUAACAAACACAUAUUUAUUCGACUUUAAUCAUUAUGACAACGGUGAAAAAUACGACGUCGAAAAGAAAGUAAAAGAUCAAAUUAAGAAAAUUCGCUAUUUAGAUUUUAAUGAGGAGAACAACGCAAUAGUUGAAUCCACAGCGGAGUUGCAGAGUGUAAAGUUGAAACCGACUUUAGCAUCGUGGCACUUUGAAGAUGACGUCAUCGAAAUGGAGGCCAAACAACAUUUCAUACCCUAUACCAUUGAACCCUUCAAACCGUGGAGCAGCUUUAUCCCCUUUCCGUUUCGCCUGAGUGGUAAUAAACUUAUAGGCAGGCAAAAUAUCGAUUGGUAUGCCCUGCUGCAAUCCAUCGAUGAUUUAAUACGAGAGUCAAAUCAAUUGGUCGACAAGCUGGAAGUAAUAAUGCAAGAUAGAAACGGACAGCGUCAAAAAGGAUUUAAACGUUUGGAUGAUAUCAAAAAGUUUGAACCCACAACUUUUAUAUUCCCUUCAGAGCACUGGCUACCAAUUAUUGAGAAACAGGAGAUGGAACUACAAACACUGAUGGAUUCAAAAUAAAAAAAAGAACGUUUAAAUUUACACCAGAC